CUCAAGUUCAACAACCAUGUCUUUCAAUCCCUCCAUCACAGAUGUCCAGAAGUACCUGAAAGCAGACUUCCAACCUAUUCAUGAGGAUCUCUUCUGGGAAGCAGCUGAGUCCAAAACGCCCGAGAAAUGGCAAGAGGAGCUGCAAUCAUCGAUUCGAGAUCGUCUCAAAGAUUUCGAUCCUAUCAAGCAAGGCUGGAAAUUAAUAGUUGAGAAGGCAUGCAUCACGGUCUCAGACAUCCGCCUCAUGCUUCAACAAUACCCUUCCGAACACAGAGAGCAGAAGAAACAAUAUGUCGUGGCUUCAGCCAAUAAAGCCAAUUACCUCGUGAAUGUACUAUUGGGUCGAAUUUCAACCAAAUGGUAUCCAGACGUCGAACAUCCCGCUUUCGACGAAGAUGAUGAGGCGUACAACAACUUCCUCAUCCAAUCACUCCACGAACUCAUGAACUCGAACCCGAAUACAGCGAUGUACAAUCGAUUCUUCUUUGCAUCGAAACUCAAAUGUGUCAACGACCAUGGGCGACUACCGAAGAAUAUCGAGCUGCAAGGAAAAGAGAAUUUGCCAUUCAUGGAACACAUUCAACAAUGGAAUGACAAAUACGGAUUCAUCCUCGUCUUCGGCGACUCGCCUCUAGAUUGGGAUACCAAAUUAUCGAAGAUGGCCAUCGAGAAAGCCAACAAAUGCCUUUCCCACAACAGCCCUCAAUGUUCCACCAAAUUCAUCACUUGUGGAACAGCAAUGCGUCCCUUUGGAACAACAAUCGUUGAAUCAUUCGAACUCAAGCAAUACCUUCUCAGCCAUGGAGUCUCUGAAAAGAAUAUCUUGAUCGAUACAUGCAGCGAGCAUACCAAUACCAAUAUCUGGAAUGCAGCAUGUCUAGCCUUCGAAGCUGGGAUGCCGAUCGAGAAGAAGAUGAUUGCCUUUAUGCUGGGGGAGCAGUUUGCGUUUGUUGCAGGGAACAAAGAUGGUGGGAUGAGGCAGAGGACUAAAGAGGAGGUUUGCCCGGAUAUGUAUGAUUAUUUGACAAUUGAGAAGGGGGAUAUUGAUGGGAGUGUUGUGGUGGGAUUCAAGGAGAGCUUCAAGGACUGUCCGAAGUGGAGGUUGCAGUGGAAGAAUCACGUUGGGAAGGAAAUUGAGGUUGAGGAUAUUCUUGAAGAGGGGUUUGAGUAUCUUUGAGGAUUGUCGGGGUUCUUGAACUUCAAGCUAGCGUUUUCUUGGUUGCUUUUCUGGAGUGGAUCACUGAAU